GCCGAGGCUAGUCUAGUCUCUUCGUUCGAAGCCGUAUUCCUAACCAUCUUUCGAACCUGCGCCGAACAUGGACUCGGCCUCGUUUCGUCCGAACCAAUGACGUACACCCUCAGACAUGAAGUUUCCUAAUCUUGCAUCAUCCCCUUGUGGUACCGUGAAGGCGCAAUUGAACCGCGCUUGACCUUGUUAACGGUCCUGUAUCUCUUCGUGGCAUAUCUCCCGUACCGAAACGAAUACUUAUAAAGUGUCGUGAUCUUCCAUUCAUCCCAACUCUCUCAUCGUGUAGCUCUCCAUAUCAAAAGAAACAUCAUGGCGAAUAUCGUCCCAAACAAAGGCCUCAUCUUCAAAUCUGCCCCCAGCGGCUGGCCUAUUCCAGGCAAGGACCUCGCCAUCGAGGCGCGUGACUUCGACCUCAACCAAGCCCCUCCCACCGGCGGCGUCACCACCAAAAACCACUACUUCAGCUUCGACCCUUACCAGCGCGGCCGUAUGCGCGCGCCUGAGGUCAAAUCCUACUCCCCGCCCUAUACGCUCGGCCAGCCCAUCACAAAUCGCGGCAUCCUGCGCGUGCUCAAGUCCGACAAUGAUAGAUUCAAGCCAGGCGACUUGAUCACUAGCCAGGAUGCCACACCAAUUGAGGAAUACAGUGCACUGAGCGCGGAUAUACUGAGACGCGCGAGAGUACUGACGAAUCCAUAUGGUCUGGAUCCGAAGAUAUAUUUGGGUGCGCUGGGUAUGCCUGGAUUGACUGCGUGGAGCAGUUUCUAUGAGAUUGGAGAGCCAAAUCGGAGGAAGUUGGCAGGAGAGCAGAAGAAAAAGGCCGGAAAAGACGUCACGGAUGAUGACCUGAGGCCAGAUACCAUUUUCGUCUCGGCCGCGAGUGGGGCAGUGGGCCAGUUAGUGGGACAGUUGGCGAAGCACAACGGAAUGCGAGUUGUUGGGAGUGUGGGCGAUGACAAGAAGUUGGAUUUCAUCCUGAAGGAUCUGAAAUUUGAUGCUGGGUUCAACUACAAGAAGCUGAGUGGGAAGAGCGUGACAGAGACGCUGAAGGAGCUAGCGCCCGAAGGUAUCGAUAUCUACUACGAGAAUGUCGGUGGUGAGCAAUUGGAGGCAGCAAUAUCGAAUAUGAACGAGUUCGGCCGUAUCAUUGCGUGUGGCAUGGUAUCGCAAUACAACCUCACACCCGAUCAGCUAUACGGCGUGAAGAAUCUGAUGAACAUCGUCGGCAAGCGGAUCAAGUUCCAGGGCUUCAUCGUCGGAGACUUGACCGAGAAGUGGUCUCAGAACCAUCAAGAGACACUUUCAGAGUGGCUCAGCAAAGGUGAGAUGAAGGCGCAGAUGAGCUUGACCCACGGCAUCGACAAUGCUGUAGAAGGAUUCCUGGGCAUGCUGAAGGGAGAGAACUUUGGCAAGGCAGUGCUCGUUGUCAAUGAUGAAGUUUAGAUGGCUGUUAUAUGGAGAAGAGAUGAGCAUUCAUACGUGUGUCUUGAUAGGAGUAAUGAUCCCGUGUAGCAUUAUAGUAUUUGAAUGGAUCUGAAUUGUUGUAUAGGAAUGCAUAGUUCGGAGAUUGGCUGGGUCACAGACCAUAUAUAUGUCGAUACAGGAUUCCCUUCAUACGAU